AUGUGCAGGAACGAAAAGAAGUCACAGUGCAUCGAAAAUAGAGAGAACGUACAUUUCAAUCGAUGGGUUGAAUUCAGUAUGUCAGUUAAGAAGGAGACAGGAAGUUCAUCUCUUUCAACAAAUAACUUGGUGUCUGUGGAUGACUGUCAUCCAUCAUCUAAGAAUGCAGGUACUUGGAAUCUCACCAAAAGUCACUUUUUUGCAGUUCUUGUGUUCCUCUCUACCUUCUCCUUCUGCAUGGUAGUUCAUUACUCACGUCGGGAGAUUUUAGAAGACACAAAACUAAGAUUGGAUAAUUACCAUGAUGAAGAGUCCAUAAACUUGGACAUUUUGAAACAGAGAGUUCAAUUUACCCGCACCAAGCGACGGCUACCACAGGUUAUUAUCAUCGGUGUACGUAAAGGAGGUACUCGAGCUCUUCUAGAAUUUCUGAAUGUUCACCCUAUGGUUCAGAAGUCCUCUGUUGAGGUGCAUUUCUUUGAUAAUGAUGCUAAACAUUCCUUAGGCCUGGAGUGGUACCGAAGACAAAUGCCUUUCUCCUUUCCUGAGCAAAUCACUAUUGAAAAAAGUCCAUCAUAUUUUAUCACCGAUAAAGUUCCAGAACGCAUUCAUGAAAUGAACAGUUCCAUCAAAUUGCUUCUCAUUGUUAGGGAUCCAGUAACACGCUUGAUCUCUGAUUACUCACAACUUGCAGCUAACAAGGCUAAGAAAGGGAAAAUUCUACCAUCUUUUAAAGAGUUGGUCUUAAACCGAGAUGGUCAAGUCAAUGUGAACUACAGAGCUGUGAAAAUCAGUAUGUAUUCCAUAUAUUUAAAAAAGUGGUUAAAAGUCUUUAGCCGUCAUCAGAUUCUGGUUGUAAAUGGAGACCAGUUAAUACGUGACCCAUUUAUAGAGUUGCAGCAGAUUGAAGAUUUUCUAGGCCUUAAACAUCGCAUCAAAAGAGAGAACUUCUAUUACAAUAAGACCAAAGGUUUUUUUUGUGUUCAAAAUAAUACCUUAAACAAAUGUUUGAAUGAAAGUAAAGGAAGAAAACACCCCGAGAUCUCACCUCGUCUUUUAUCCAGGUUACGAAGAUUUUAUGUUCCAUAUAAUAAAGAAUUCUAUCGGGCAGUUGGUAGAAGUUUUGGGUGGCCAGAGGGUUAUUAAUUAAUAACAUGCUACACAUAUUAUAUUUUUUGCAUAUUUGUUUUAAUGUUGAUCUACAAUGGUUAAAAUCUACUGUAAGGAAGGUCAUUUGGCUGAGCCUAUUUUAAUAAAAACAGGCUCACAGCCUGAAAUUAUUUUUUGUUGUAACCCUUUCAGUUUGUAUGUAACUAAUUUGAUAUCUGUAUUAUAGAAAAUUUAACUAACUCGAUGAAUGUACUGAAGUUCUUCCUGAUCUAUUGUAGUGUCCAAAUUGCUAACAAAAAAGCAAGUUUUGAGGAAUUUGGUUCAACCAUCAUACUCUUACAUCAUCAGUUUAAAAAUAUUUACUCUGGAACUUGUUUCACACGUAAUGGAACUACCAUAGAGUAUAUUUAAAGAAAUGAAUAUAACAUUACAGACAGCAAGUGAUCAUUUGGUUGUUCUGUCACUGCACAUGCUCCUUUUCAAAAAGACUAAAAGUUAAGGCCAGGAAAUCAUCUUAAAUUCAUGUAGAGUAUUGGUCUUCACUGUUGUUGACAGCAGCUCGUUACAUAGACAAUAACUGUGUUAAAUAAAUGAUCCUAACUGGAGCCUAGCCUUUCCCAAAACAUGUACUUUUGUUCUGUUCUCUUCAGAACAAGGAACAUGGAGACUUUUGUCCUAUUUAGCCCUCGAAUAGGCUUGUCAGCCUCAAAUGAAAAUAAGAGAUCUUAAGCUAUUUCUGUAAGACACCCAUCCUUGUACUGCUCCUUUUAAAUGAUUUCCAGUAAGUUAAUCUCCUUUUUUAGAUACGGAGACCAAAAACUGUACUCAGUGUUUGUAUUGUUAGUUUUCUGUUUUUCUUAAAAAUUUGGGAUGAUUAAUCAUGAACCUUUUGGGACAGUGAUGGGAAAGUUGUAAAAUGAUCAUUUGUUUAAAAACUGAAGAAUUAGAAAUUUUAGAGCAUAUGAUUUUCUUUGGAAUAAACUGAAAGGGUUAACAACUUCUGGAAUCUCAGGUUUCGGUAAAUUCUUUUUUAUUUAACUGAAAUCAUUUCAUUCCAGUGUUUUGUGUGUUUAAAAUAAUGUAAAAAUUGUAUUUUUUUCACCAACAGAAAGUAAAUACACAAUAACAAACAGUACAAAGUGGUCUACCAUUACAAAUGUUUUAAUUUACUGUGUUUAUAAUGAUGCAAAGAUUGUAUUUUUCUGAUAGAGAGUCAGUAAAUAUAUAAUACUAAAUCCCCAGUGCUUGAUAAUUUGGCAUAAAUCCACAGUGUUUUAUAUUUUAGUACAUAUCUCCAGUACUUGAUAACUUAGUACAGAUCCAAAGAGCUUGAUAAUUUGGUACAGAUCCUCAAUAAUUAGUAAUUUGAUACAAAUGCCCAUGAUAGUUUUGUAAAAAUACCCAAUGUUUGGUAAUUCUGUACAUAUCUGCAGUGUUUGAUAAUUUGUAACAAAUACCUAUUGUUUUUAGAACCAUAUGACAAGUUGAUUUGCUGUCAAACCUUGGGUUCUAAAACCAUGAUGUAAAGGGUUCUUUUGUUCCAUAUUGGAAGGGUUCUUUUGUUCCAUAUUGGAACUUUAUGCAAUAGGUUAAUAGUCAUUGUUGUGACAGUGUUUUAUAUAUUGUAAAAAUGUUGGUGAGAUUUUCAGGAAUAAAUUUGUAUAAGAGUUCUUUAACAUUAUGAAGUGUUCUAUGAAACAUUGGCUGCUGAAUUCCAGUGGAAAUGUUCUUUCUUGGUUACAGACCCUUAUUUAAAAAAUAAGAAUGAACUUGUCCCAGAAGUGAUUAGUACUAUGAGAAGGUAAGUAUCAGAAAAGAUCUAAACCUGAUCGAGGCUCGUGCAUUAAAACUGUUUGGUCAUUUUGUUUGUUGUUUAGAUUCCUGGUAAACAUCUCUAGAAAUUUUUAAUUCCUCAGAAUGGCAACUUCUAAGUUAUCAAGCAUAUGUAAGAAAAAAAUCUGUUCUUCUGUGAAGUGUAGUAAUUAAUUUGUUCACACUUAGUGUUAAGCUACUGUCGCUAUCUUUUUUUUGUAUUAUUAAAUCGUAUUUUCCUCAUAAAAACAAGUAUAAUGGGUAAAAUUGCAAAGAUCCACAGUUUCUAAUGUCACAUGUCUGAAUUGCUGUUUUAGUUGGAAUUUAAUUCCCUACUAGUGCUUAUUAUUUGUGUGUUAUUACUUAAUUAUAAGAAAUGAAUAAGCAGUGUACAGUUUAUUUUAAUAACUGUAAAUUUGUUUUUUAUUGUCCAUUGUUUUAUGACAUGUGUACUUUUUGUCAGUUUGUUUUAUAGAAUUGGUUCCAUCAAUUUAUAAAUUAGUUUUUAGUUAAGUGUCUUUAAUUAAAGGUUAUUAAUUAAUAUGGAAGAAUUGUAUUAUUGUUAUAAGGAAAUAUUCUCAUGGACCUCACUAUACUGUAUUAAAAGUACAGUAAAUUACCUCACUGUGCACUUUCAUAUGUUAAUUUUUAUUCAUAUUUUUAUAAGUAAAGAACAGAUGAGUUAUAGGUUAACAUGUAGUAAGAAGUAAUUACUUGUAGAAGCACUGGAAGUUUUUCCUGAAUUCUGGCACCUAAUCACCUUGGCAGCUACUGUACAAGUUUGAAACCUUACUUAUUACUUAAAACAUCGGGUAAUUCAGCUAAGUUAUUGAAUAUUAAAUAGAUAUAAUUUGUUAAGUAGUAGUAAGGUAUUUGUUUCACUUCAUGUUAUAGAUGAAUAAUAUUACCAAAUGCACAUAUUCAAUUUAUGAGUUCACAUAAAUGUAUUAAAGUAUUUUCUUUAUAAUAAUAUACAUUAAUCACUUAGAAGUUAUUCUAAUUUGUUUUUGUUUUGUAUCAAAACGGACUGACAUGUCAUACUGAAAGGUUAAUAAAUUAUUAAUACACUCUUAUUGAAGUGAGUAAAACAACUGGUGCUCUUAAUGCAUAGAUUAAGCUGAAACUUCAUUCCUGAUGAGUUGUAUGUGUAGAAAAAGAUGUUUGUAAGCCUUACAGAGAAUGUUUUCAGUCUGAUGUUUUAUAUAUGCCUUUAGUUUGCUUAAUUGCUCGAGUGUUGAAAACCAACUUUAUAAAACUUUGUAUAACUUAUAUUUCUAACUUGUGUGCAGGCUGUCUUUUGGAAAUAGGACAAAUAAAGUUUAAUUU